AAAAGUAUGUCUCCGAAUUAGAAUCGUGUAAACAAUUAAAUGAUUUUUUGAGGGCCCGUAUUGAAGAGUUGGAAGUUAAUUCUUUGAUUAAAGAUCAGGAUAUUAAAAAACUUCAACAAGAACUUGAUGAUUUCAAGAAAGAAUUUCAAUCUAUCGUCGAAAAUUAUUACGAAAUCUUGGAUAAAAUAAAAGCAAAAUUGGAUAAACAAGAUGUUAAAUUAAAAGAACUGUUGAAACUUAAGAAAUCCAAGAAAAAAACUUAUCGGCAAUAUGACAACUAUUAUUAUUCUCAUGCGUACGAACCUUCGACAUAUUACCAUGAGGAUGAUUAUGAUAACUAUGAGGACUGUGAUAAUUAUGAUAAUUAUGAGGAUGUAUAUGAGAAUGAUUAUUAUAAUGAACAUUAUAAUAAAGAAAAUGAUUUCUAUGACGAAGAAGUAUAUGAACCUUCAAUAUAUGGUUAUCAAGAAGAUUAUGAUUACAAUUAUUACGAUGAUGAUGAAUUAUCCGAACCCUCAACUUUCCGUGAACGUUAUCAUUUUAAUUAUCGUGAUGAGGAUGAUGAUGAGGUGUAUCAGCCUUCAAUUGAUGAUAACUAUAUUGAGGAAGAAAUUGAAACUUCGUUUGAAGAUGAUGAUGUGCACCCAGUUAUUUCUUCUAUCUUGGAUAGUGUAAAAAGAUUUUUAAAUAAUCUAUUUUAA